AGCGAUCAAAGACCUGAAUGGAGUUUGCGUUUUCACCCGUUGGCUACAAAUAUUCGAUUGGAAAUAGAAAAACAGAGCAGACAUCCGAAGCGCCCUUUGGUUAUUUCGGAGCGUCGAGAACUGGAUUUCUAACUUACUGAUAGAUAGCCAGCUUUGCGUUUGUUGCGAAAGCUGACCAGGAGCAUUUGGGUGGAUUACGAUGUUAUUGUUCAUCAGGGGCACUUGAGCUGGGUGUUUGGGAGAGUUGUGAAUGCGGUGUGGGACUCGCCGACCUCGCUGCACUGAGAUCCGGACGCGUUGAGAAAAGGGAGUCGGUGACACGGAGUCCUCAUGGCGCAACGGUACGAGGAUCUGCUCCAUUACGGAAUGGAUGCGGUCGGGAUCCCGUCUCCGAUGUACGGGGAUCCUCACGCGGCCAGAGCGAUGCAGGCGGUGCAUGUGAGUCACGGCCCGCCGCUUCACCACUUCCCCGCGGCUCCCGGCGUCCCGUCGCUCGUUAACGACGCACUUAAACGGGAUAAAGACGCCAUUUACGGGCAUCCUCUCUUUCCUCUGCUUGCACUAGUUUUUGAAAAAUGUGAAUUGGCGACUUGUACGCCGAGAGAGAGCGGAGUGACCGGCGACGUCUGCUCGUCCGAGUCCUUUGACGAAGAUAUUACAGUAUUUUCAAAACAGAUAAGGGCGGAAAAACCUUUCUUCUCGUCGAAUCCAGACUUGGAUAAUUUGAUGAUUCAAGCCAUACAAGUGUUACGAUUUCAUCUCCUCGAAUUAGAGAAGGUGCAUGAGCUGUGUGACAAUUUCUGUCACCGCUACAUCAGCUGUCUGAAGGGGAAGAUGCCCACUGAUCUGAUGGUGGAUGAUAAAGACGGGGGAUCCAGAUCUGACGGCGAAGAAUUUACACGCACUCCAGGCGGGACAGACCAGGCGUUCUGGAGGGAAGACGACGAAUCUGUUCAUUCUUCUGAAGCUCCUGCGGCCUGCGGCAGACGGCCCGGCUCACACAAUGGAGACAACAGCAGCGAGCACGGUGACUUUCUGGAUCAGAGUGUUGCGUCUCCAAGCACAGGAGAGGAGGAAGACCCUGAUAAAGAGAGGAAGAACAACAAGAAAAGAGGCAUUUUUCCCAAAGUGGCAACCAACAUCAUGAGGGCAUGGCUGUUCCAGCACCUCACGCACCCGUACCCCUCUGAGGAACAGAAGAGGCAGCUGUCCCAGGACACUGGACUGACCGUCCUGCAGGUCAACAACUGGUUUAUCAACGCCAGGAGAAGAAUCGUCCAACCGAUGAUCGACCAGUCCAACCGCGCAGUAGGUCACGGUGGCCCAUACACUCCUGAUGGUCAGCCAAUGGGAGGUUUUGUAAUGGACGGACAGUCGCACAUGGGCAUCAGACCACCAGAGUCAGGCUUUUUGGCGAGAGGAUCGAUCCUUUGCUCACGUACCCGGAUUGGAUUUUGACUUGCACCACCAUGAACGGCCUUUAUUCGACGGUACAAAAACCCCUACAGCUUCACUCUCGAAACCAGGCGGCACAGACGCAUUCAAGAUGGCCGCCGGGACUCACGUUCCCUGUGAUGGGCAGAUCAAGCGUAUCAAGACAGAGAGAAAACAAUACAGGAUAAAGCAAUGCCUCAACACCUGGAUGGAGAUUCCUUCAUGUGACCUUUCACCUGGAACCAGGUGAAUCUUCAAGUGGCCUGGGAGGUCAAAACAGAGUCUCGUCUUUCAACUCAAGUGCCACCUCAAAUGAAGAGUCAUUAUUCUGCAGACAAAAGCCCGGGAGUAUUUUCGCAGCGACAGACACCGACGUCACGCUACCACACGUCUGUUACAGGAGUUCAUGAUCUAAUCUGUGCAGAGCAAUUCAAUACAAAGCCCGUAAAUGUAUAUAAUGCUGCUGGAUGUGUCAAACGUGACACAGAAGAGGUUCAUAAACGCUGGUGUUGCCUGACGAAUGCAACUAAAGGUUUCUCACACAUCAUUAUUUACUGCAGUAGAAAUGCGCUCAGAUGCAUUGGGACGGUCAAUGGUUUUGAAAGGUACUAGUGCUUGUUCUGGAUUUGACUGACGUGAGCUGAGCUGUAUAUUCACACUAUGUGUGUGUGUGUGUGUGUGUGUGUGUGUGUGUUUGUUUGGUUUUCAG